AUGACUGAAGUUGUUCAUCGUAUAACGGAACUUACACAUUUACGUCUUUCAUGGUUCGGUUGUUCUGAUGAUGAUGCAUCGAAUCGUCUUAAUCAUCGUCAUACAGUUUUCAUGUUACUUAUAUUUUCAGCUAUUCUUACUUCACGUUUAUUUAUAUCUGAUUUAAUUAUUUGUUGGACACCUGGCGAAUUUACAGGUAAUUUUGUAUCGUAUACUCGACAGUAUUGUUAUGUAACAAAUACUUAUUAUAUAUCAAUGAAUGAAACUAUUCCAACAUUAAGUAAUGCUCAUUUGCGACGUCGACGUUCAAUUUAUUAUUAUCAAUGGUUACCUAUAUUACUUGCAUUUCAAUCAUUAUUAUUUCUUAUUCCACGUUUAAUUUGGAGUAGUUUUAGUUCUCGAUGUGGAAUUAGUGUUCAAAAUUGUUUAUCACCAAAAUUUGAUUAUCGUACAAAUCGUUAUACAGUUCAUCAUAUAACAACAAUGCUUAAUUUAUUAGCACGUGCUAAACAACAUGAUUUUAAUCGUAUGACAUCAAAUGAUACAAAAAGUUCAUCAAAUUCAAAUAGUUUAUCAUUAAAUCGAUUAGGUGUAUUUCAAUUUUUAAAUAUACUUUGUAUUCCAUUUAUAUUUCAUAAUGCAAAUUAUUUUCGUGGUUAUUAUUUAGUUCAUUUAUUUCUUGUUGUUAAAAUACUUUUUCUUAUUAAUUCAUCAUUACAAUUAUAUUUUUUAAAUGCAUUAUUAACAAAGAAUUCUAUAUUUUAUGGUCUUGAAGUAGUUGAAAAUUUUCUUCGUGGUGAAUAUGUUAUUGGUACAAAAAUUUUUCCUUUAAGUGUUUAUUGUGAUUUUAAUAUUGUUAAAAUUGGUCAACCUACACUUUAUACAGUUCAAUGUUUACUACCAAUGAAUGUAUUUAAUGAAAAAAUUUUUACUAUUAUUUGGUUUUGGUUAGUUUUUUUAACAAUAGCAAAUUUUAAAAGUGUUAUAUUUGCAAUAAUUCGUAGUAGUUUUCGUCAUUUUAAUUAUGCUUAUAUAGCAAAUUAUUUAAAUUUAUAUUCAAAAAAAGAACGUUUUAAACGACAAUUACUUGUUAAACGUUUUAUAUUUGAUUAUUUAUCAGGUGAUGGUGUUUUAAUAUUAAGAUUAAUAUCAGAAAAUAUAAGUGAUUUAUUAACAAGUGAAGUUGUUAAUGACCUUUGGAAUGAAUAUAAAAAGCUUUCAAAUUUAUCAAGUCGAAAUCGUGAAAAAUAUCUUUCAAGUCAACAAAUAAAAACUCUUCAAGUAACAACAAAAAGUCAAGCUCGUGCAGAAGUAACAACAACAACAACACGAGAUAUUCAUGAUCAUUAUACGUUUAGAUAG